AUGCCUCAUCUCAAAGUCCAGACCGCCACCGGAAACGUUCUUUUCAACUAUGUCAUCUCGACCCCGGAUUCUGAGAACGCACAAAAUAUAGACCCCUCUCUCCCAACAAUCCUCUUCUUACACCCCGUAUAUGUCUCCGCAGUCAUGUUCCAUAAUCAAUUUGCGAGUCCUCGGCUGAGACGCUUUAACUUGGUGGGAGUUGACGCUCGAUGUCAUGGAAACACUGUUGGACCAGUUCCACCCACCGCCAGACGGGCAGAGGUAGCAGAGGACGUCUCAAAAUUUAUUGAAGCAUUGAAAUUACCACGGUGUCAUAUAGUAGGCGUGUCCAUGGGCGCUUGUGUGGCCUUGCAAAUGGCAGUUGCACAUCCCGAACAGGUUCUGUCUACUUUCAUGAUUUCUCCGCUCCCAUUGGUGGAGCCUGACGAUGUCGCCUCUGGGCGUCAAGAAAUAUAUGAUUGUUGGGUUGCAGGUCGUAAGAACGACAACCCCGACGAGGAUGCUAUGCUUGACGCCGUCCUCGGUGCAGUUCAGCUGGGCUUCAACCAAAGCAACGAAAGUAUCGUCUCCGCACUUGUUCAAUAUACCUUACCCCAGGCGAUAAAAAACUGGUCCCCAGAAAAUUUUGGUGCCUUUCACACCGUGUCCGUCGACUUCUUUGUUGACCGAAAACCACACGAUCUUGCUCAGUUGCGUCAAAUCGAGUGCCCUGUCCAUUUGGUGCAUUGCGGCGGUGAUGUUGCAUACCCUCUCCACUAUGUCGAGGAACUUCGAAGCCGCCUUGCCUCAGCAGGCUUACAACCCAGACUCUCGCAGGUGAAGGACGCUCCUCACUUUGGGAACGUAACACAUUCGGAAGAAAUCAAUGACCUUCUCCACGACUGGGUCAUGGAACAUUCAGAUGGCCCUAUACCCCGCGCCAAAUCCUUUGUCAAAUCUCCGUUUGCAGACGAGUUGGCCAAGUGCGGGCUUCGGCAAAAUGGAGAAUCUGAUUCUGAAGACGACCUUGUACCCCUAUGA